AUGGUAAAGCCCCAUAGGAAAGAUUGGAGCACUAGAUUAGGGGAUGCCUUGUGGGCCUACCGAACUGCCUAUAAGACUCCAAUAGGCAUGAGUCCCUUCUGGUUGGUCUAUGACAAAGCUUGUCAUCUCCCGGUUGAGAUAGAGCACAAAGCGUAUUGGGCGGUUAAGGAGUGCAACAUGGGGUUGCAAAAGGCGAGUGUAGAAAGGAAGCUACAAUUGGAAGAGUUAGAGUGUCUGAGGUUGGAGGCUUACAAUAAUGCCCGGUUGAGGUUGCUACCCAGAAAGCUUAGAUCAAGAUGGGAUGGUCUAUCUAUUGUUGAUAAAGUUGAGCCCUAUGGAGUUGUUCACUUACGUCAUCUCAAGUUAUACCAUCAUACCAAUCCCAAGAGUGACAAGGAGGUGGAAAUUUUCUUCUUGAAGGUGAUAAUCUCAAGCACAGGUUAA